GUUAUCUAUAAUAAGGUCACCUUACCAAAAUCCUUUCAGUUAUAACUUAUUACAAUGGCCAAAUCACUUGAGACACCAAACUUGAAUAAAAACGAGACAUCUUUCUUUUUAAAAUAUGUAGACUGUUGACCAAAUUGUUGGAUAACUAAUCUGAUAGUUCACCUACACAACCUUGCAAAAGAAGAAAGGAAAGAACAUGAAACAAGACAGAAGAUGUUGCACUUACAGCCUGAGAGGUCAAUGUCAAGAACUAGUGUUUCACCAGCUGCAGCCUAUUCAUCUCCACAGCCACGGCCACCUCUGCCAACGCCGUCACCAUCCUCAUUUUCAGCUGCUUCCACAAGAUGGAGCUCUCAGCCUCCAACUCAGACAGCCAACCUCUCCCUCCGGUUUCUGGCGCUCGUUCUCUCCUUUGCCGCUGCCCUCCAACUGGCUGCAAUAUCACCAGCUACCGCCAAGUUCAAAAAGCACUCCAACAGCUUCUGUGAUUACCCUGAGUUAGUGUACUGCUUCACUGUGAACAUCUGGGGAUUUCUUUAUGCAGCCUAUCAGUCGUUCAAAGGUAUUUGUGACGUUGCACAUAGAGGUAUUUUCGUUUCAGACAUGGUAUCCGACUACAUCAGCUUCAUUUUUUACCAGUUGACAGGAUACCUGGUUGUCUCAGCCUCUUCUGUAGCUGUACCAGUUAUCCAACACAUGUACAAUGGAACUUCACUCAGGAAGGCAGCUACGGUUUCUGUAUGCAUGUCUUUUGCUUCAUUCCUGGUUAUUGCAGCUAGUGGAGUACUGUCUGGCUACAGAUUAUGUAAGAGGAUCAUGUGGUGAUACCACUCAUCAAGCACAAACAGUCUGCUAACAUUCCAUGUAUGGUUAACCACAAAUUGGAACAAAGGUAGGACAUUGAGUAAAAGGUUUCUUUCCCCCUGGAAAUGAUCAAAGUCAUAUAUGUUAGAAAUGAUUCCUUCUACCUAGUUCAAGUCUCAAGUAGCAUCCAUCCUAACUAUGUUGCAACAAGUCAUUGCAAAGUCAGGAACAAAGUUUAGAUGGGGGUUAUAACAACCUAGAAUUGAUAAUGUUGCCCCCUUUUUGAAUCUUAUUUGUCUUCUUAUAUAAUCAGAAUAUGUAUCAUCAUCCCAGAAUCUCAGGAUUCUGGCUCCAUUAAGCAUAUUGUAUAUAAUAAGGAUUGCUACAUAAAGGACAUAUUCAUAUAAAAGGGGAACCAUAACUCAGAACAUUUUCACUAACGUGCAAUAAAACA